AUGUUGUUUGCAACACGGAAGACAUCUAUUAUUUCUCGAAAUGAUACUCUAAAUCGCAAAACGACUAAGAAGAGGAAGAAGAAGAAGAAGACGUCGUCUGAUGCUACUAAUACUACUACGAAUGAUUUCCAUUCUGAAAACGCAAACGUGAACUCUUCCCGAACGUCCACGGCGAAACUCAUCGAAACCGUCGCGUCGAGCAUAUUAUCGUUCAACUUGAAAAAGCAAACCAGCGUGACUGUAUCGGUGAAUUCAGACGAUUUCGAAGCGUUGACGAGAGGAAAAGUGCGCAAAGUGCAAAUUAAAGGCACCGACUGGUCGAGCAAAAAGAAUUUAACGUGCAAGAGUCUCGAUAUUUCCGUGGGCGAAGUCGAAGUCGAUUACGGGAAGAUUGUCACGACUGGACGGAUAGAGAUAAAAAAACCCGGAGGACGAGGACGGGCAAAACUAUUCAUGAGUUUCGAGGACUUUCGGAACUUUUUGAAGCAUCCUUUAACGAACGAGGCGUUGAAUGAAGUGCGGAUGAGGUUCGAAGACGAAGCGCCGAAGCGAGACGAGGCGUCCGAAAGGCUCGUGUUGAAGGCGAUAUUUGACGAGGAACGAAACGCGGUGAGAACGUUUCAAAUGCAGCCGUUGGAGGACGAGCGCGUUGAUGUUUGCGACGUGAGUAGUGGUACGAGUAGUAGCAAUAGUAGUAGUAAUAGUAGUAGUAGUAGUAGCGAGCAAGCGGAGAGAGUGAAGCGAUUUUUCGAAACGCUCGAGCUCGAUUUGAUGGGCACGAAGUUGAGAUAUCAAAACAUGCGAGUUCUGGAAAACGGCGUCGCGUUGGACUUGUACGUUUUAGUCGAAAAGUUUCCACCUCCCGUGAUAGAUUUUUAG